AUGCCGGUGAGUUACCUGCCCCAAGGAAUGGCUAAUGCGAUGGUGGCUGGCAUCCCUCCAGUUUAUGGUCUAUAUUCUUCCCUGUAUCCUCUCAUCAUCUACUUUAUCUUUGGCACUUCCCGGCAUCUCUCCAUUGGUACCUUUGCGGUCUUGGCCAUCAUGAUUGGUUCUGUCACAGCUGAGGUAGAACUGAGAGUGACUGGAACAGAGACUGAUGUGGUUGCAGCCAAAGUGAAUGCUGCUGUACAACUCACCUUUAUCUGUGGUCUCAUGCAGUUGGCCUUGAUGUUGGUGGUGGGAGGAGGCGUGGUGCGCUGGCUCUCGAUCCCUGUGAUUCGAGCGUAUGUGACUGCGGCUGGGAUCCACGUCAUCAUCCUCCAGCUGCCUCUCAUGAUGGGCAUCCAGACCCAGAGACACUCCGGACUGCUGCCUUCCAUAUGGACUCUAUGGGAUGUCCUCCGCGGAGUCCCCACCUCUCUCCCUGCAGCGUUGGGCUUGUCUGCAGUCUCCAUUGUGGUUCUUGUUGGAGGAAAACUCCUGAAUGACAGAUUCAAAACCAAACUCCCUGUGGCCAUACCCUGGGAACUCAUUCUGGUGAUUUCGAGCACCCUUGUGUCGGUGCAGAUGGAUCUGUCUGGGGUGCACCGUGUGCAGGUGGUGGGACACAUUCCCAGUGGCCUGUCUCCCCCCUCUCUCCCCUGCCUCUCCUCCCUCUCACAGCUCUUCCUCCCUGCUCUCUCUGCUGCCUUGGUUGGAUUCAGCUUCCUCUCAGCCAUUGGUACAAUGUUUGCCGAAAAACAUGGAUACAAAGUGGAUCACAACCAGGAGCUAUUGGCGUUGGGUCUAUGCAACUCGGUGGGCUCCAUGUUCCAGUGUUUUACAGUGAGCUGCUCUUUUUCAAGGAGCACCGUGCAGGACAGCAUUGGGGUCAAAACUCAGGUCGCUGGUUUGGUGUCAGCUUUGAUGAUUUUAUUGAUUCUGCUGAAGAUUGGACAUCUUUUUGAGCAGCUUCCAAAGUGCGUGUUGGCAGCAGUAAUUUUGGUAAAUCUUCAGAAAAUUGUGAUGCAGCUCAAAGACCUGUGUGAGCUCUGGAGGACAGACAAAACAGACCUGUUUGUGUGGGUGGCUUCCUUCUUCUCCACACUGGUUUUCAAUCUGGACAUGGGAUUGGCCGUGUCUGUGGUCAUCUCUCUGCUCUCUCUGCUCUACAGGACUCAACGUUUGUCAACGGCUCCUGUCAUUUUAGGUCAAAUAUCUAGCACAGGCCUCUAUAGGGAUUCCAACACAUUCACACAGGCCAGACCAGUACCAGGAAUCUGUGUGUUGUCUUGUCCUGGUCCUCUUUACUUCGCCAACUCUGACAUGAUCUUUAACUUUAUCAGAGAGACAGUAAGGACUACAAUGACUCCAUCGGAUAGUCAGACGUCCUCGCUCGUUGCCUCUUCCUUACAGACCCAAAGCCAAUGUUUAGUCCUGGAUUUCAGCUUGGUCCAGUUUGUGGAUUCUAUGGCCAUGAAAGCUCUCUCCAAGGUGAUGGCGGAGGCGGAGUCUGUGGGAGGGACAGUGGUGAUAGCGGCGUGUUCAGAAUCGGUCCUGUCUCAACUGAAGAGUUCUGUGUCCCGUUCUCGUCUUUUCCCUUCUGUCCACUUCGCCGUACAACACUGUCUGAAGUCAAUAACACCGCAGACUAAUAUGGAAGUGUUCGGCCGUCAACCCAAUCAGGUGAAAGAUGGCGGAGCGGAGGAAAUCACAGAGAAGAUCAAGAAGUCUGUCAGCUGCUCUGGUCCCAGGCUGAAGAGGUGCAUUGUGAGCAGUGUGCCGGUGGUAUCAUGGCUGCCACAAUACCCCGUCAGAGAGAAUGCACUGGGGGACCUCAUCAGUGGCAUCAGCGUGGGAAUCAUGCAGCUCCCACAAGGGAUGGCUUAUGCGCUCCUGGCAUCAGUCCCAGCGGUCUACGGCCUGUACUCGUCCUUCUACCCGGUUCUAAUAUACUUCAUCUUUGGCACCUCUAAGCACAUAUCCGUGGGCACAUAUGCAGUGAUGAGUGUGAUGAUUGGAGGAGUGACGGAACGAUUAGCUCCAGAUUCAAACUUUUUGGAAAAUAUAACGGGAGAGGCCGUAAUCAACACCACGCUCCGGGACGCAGAGAGGAUCAAAGUGGCAGCUGCAGUCACAUUUCUGUCUGGGAUAUUUCAAGUGCUGUUAGGCCUGGUGCAGUUUGGCUUUGUGGUCACAUAUCUGUCAGAGCCGCUGGUCCGUGGGUACACCACCGGAGCCGCCAUCCAUGUCAUCGUCUCCCAGCUCAAGUACACUUUUGGGAUCAGCCCAACGAGGUUCAGCGGACCCUUGGCUCUCAUUUAUACUGUGUUAGAAAUUGGCUCUCUCAUGCCUGAAACCAACCUGGGCACUCUGGAGGUCAGUGCGGUCGCCAUAGUGUUCCUGAUUUUGGCCAAAGAACUCAACACGUAUCUGGGAAAAUGGCUGCCUGUGCCUAUACCCGUGGAGCUGAUAGCCAUUGUUGUAGCCACAGUGAUCUCGUGGCAGGUGGAUUUGAAUGCCCGAUACGGAAUUGAUGUGGUGGGCGACAUCCCGUCUGGCCUGCGGCCCCCCGCGCUCCCCGACGUCUCCCUCUUCAGUCAGGUGAUCGGAGACGCCUUCGCCAUUUCUGUGGUUGGCUAUGGACUGGCCAUUUCUCUGGGGCGAAUCUUUGCUCUCAAGUAUGGAUACAAGGUGGACAGCAACCAGGAGCUGAUCGCACUGGGUUUGAGUAACACCUUUGGGGGGAUCUUCCAAUGCUUUGCCAUCAGCUGCUCUAUGUCCAGGUCGAUGGUUCAAGUCAGCACUGGAGGAAAAUCUCAGGUGGCUGGCGCUCUGUCUGCUGUGGUCAUCCUCAUCAUCACUCUGUGGAUUGGACAGCUCUUUGAGGAUCUGCCCAAAUCAGUGUUGGCCGCCAUUAUCUACGUGAACCUGCAAGGGAUUAUGAAGCAGUUUAUGGACAUCCCAUCUCUGUGGAAGACUAACAGGAUUGACAUGGUCAUCUGGGUGGUCACGUUUGUGCUUACGGUCUUAUUGAACCCAGAUCUGGGAUUAGCUGCUUCCAUCGCCUUCGCUCUUCUCACAGUCAUCUUCAGGACUCAGCUACCAACGUACUCUCUGCUGGGACAGAUCCCGGACACAGACGUCUACAGACCUGUGGACAGCUAUGAAGAGGUGACGCAGGUGCCAGACGUGGUGGUUUUCCGUUCCUCCGCCACUUUGUAUUUUGCCAACGCAGAGAUGUAUCAGGACGCUCUGGGCCGUAAGACUGGAAUUGACAUCACUAAGAUCUUGGCGGUCAAACAGAAACUGGAAGCAAAACGAAAGAGGGUUGAAGAAAAGCAGAUGAAGAAGGCAAAGAAAGAGGCCAAGAAACAGGCAAAGGAGAAUGGGGAUCUACAGCAGGUGGAUCCUGAGCUCACAGAGAUGAAGGAUGUAGCAGUGAUUGAAGUGGAACCAGACAGGGACCCGUCUUUACCAAGAGCCAUCGUCCUGGAUCUCAGUCCUGUCAACUUCCUGGACACAGUCGGAGUCAAGACCCUCAAAAAUAUCAAAAAGGAUUACGGAGACAUUGGCAUUGAGGUGGUUCUGACCGGCUGCCAGGGUGGAGUGCUACAUAACCUGGAGACUGGAGGAUUCUUCAACGAGAAAGUGACUAAGUGCUGCGUCUUUUCGUCAAUUCACGACGCUGUCCUGCACUGUCAGUGUCACUGUGCCUCAGAGCGCCACCUACAGGACAAGGAUGUGACGGAUCUACCAGCCACACAUUUCUGA